GCCGGUGGCGGCUCUGACAGCCGAGCGGUCCCAGAGGGCGGUGGAGGCAGCACCCACCCCCCGGCCCGGCCAUGUCCGAGGCCGGUGCCCCCUCGGCUGGCGACAAACCACCCCGGCUCCAGGACCGGGUCCUGGGUGGGGUGCGCUGGGGCCGCUUCCUGGAGCCCCUGGGCUUCAUCAAGGUGCUGGAAUGGCUCUUUGCCAUCUUCGCUUUCGGGUCCUGCGGCUCCUUCAGUGGCGAGACGGGGGCGACGGUGAAAUGCGGCGGCGAAAGCCAAGAGAUGAGCGUCGUUUCUGUCCUGUUCGGGUACCCCUUCAGGUUAUACAAAAUCCCCUUCGGGAUGCCGGACUGCGAGGGCGAUUCGGGGAUCCGCACCUUGUACCUCGUCGGUGAUUUUUCCGCUCCCGCCGAAUUUUUCGUGACCCUGGGGGUCUUCUGCUUCCUCUACGCCAUGGCAGCCCUGGUGCUGUACCUGCGCUUCCAUUCCCUCUACGCCGAAAACAAGAAGCUCCCCUGCGCGGUACGGGGAUUUUGCGUCACCGUUUGCUUCACUUUCUUCUGGCUGGUGGCGGCAGCGGCGUGGGGCAAGGGACUGAGCGACGUGAAGGCGGCCACGCGGCCGUCCAGCUUGGUGGAUGCCAUGGGGGUCUGCCAGAGAGAGGACGUGGUCUGCACCCCCGGCACAACGCCCGCCAUGGGGCUGGCAAACAUCUCGGUGCUCUUUGGGUUCCUCAACUUCCUGCUCUGGGCUGGGAACUGCUGGUUCGUGCUGCAGGAGACGCCGUGGCGUGGGGUGAUCGUGGCCCCCCGAGGCCGCUGCCCGAGCAGGGUGCCAUCGACAAGCAGUAGCACUCCCGGGGGGUCCCGCCUGCCCCCCGGCACCUCGCGCCGGCCGCCGGCCCGGGGGUGGGUGUCACUGGCCCGGGGGUGGGUGUCACUGGCCCGGGGGUCGGGGUGUGGAUGCUCUAGUGGGAAGGGGGACACACCCCGGGUGGGGGCAUUGGCCGCCCCUGCCCAGCUGUCCAUAGGGGUCUGCGUAACCCUGGGGGUCCCGUGCUGUACUGGGGGGGGCUGUACAGGUGACCCCCGGCCACCCGAUGGAUGGGGGGUGUAUAAAAGUCCUGGGUACCAGCUCUAUAGGGGGGUGCUGACCCUCUGGUGUCUGGCUCUGUGUAAGGGCUAUAUACACCCCCUGGGUGUCCCACCCUCUCUAAUGACCUUUAUAUAGGGGGUUAACACAACACUCCGGGUGUCUUGCUGUGUAAAAAUGAGUUUAUAUAGGGGUACAUACAACUCCUGGAUCUCCCACUCUGUAUAAGGAGCUUUACAGAGAGGCAGCUCCUGGUGUCCCACGCCGUAUGAAGGGUGUACACAACCCCUGGGUGUCCUGCUCUGUACAAAACCCUUCACACAGGGGCUGCAUACAA